GCCCGGAUCCGCUCAGCAUGCCGGCCCCGGCCCCGCCGCGCAGCCCGCGGUCGCCGCCGCUGCUGCUGCCGCGGCUGCUGCUGCUGCUGCUGGCGCUGGGCGGCCGCCACCUGCGCGCGGAGCCUGGAGACGGCGCGCAGGUCUGGAGCCGCUUCGCGCGCCCUCCGGCCCCAGAGGCCGCCGGCCUCCUCCACGACACCUUCCCCGACGGCUUCUUCUGGGCCGUGGGCACCGCCGCCUACCAGACGGAGGGCGGCUGGCGGCAGCACGGCAAGGGCGCGUCCAUCUGGGACACGUUCACCCACCACCCGCCGGCGCCCCCAGGUGACCCCCAGGCAGCCAGCCUGCCGACGGGCGCCCCGUCGCCGUCCCCGCCCGCCACCGGGGACGUGGCCAGCGACAGCUACAACAACGUUUUCCGCGACACGGAGGGGCUGCGGGAGCUGGGGGUCACCCACUACCGCUUCUCCAUCUCGUGGGCGCGCGUGCUCCCCAACGGCAGCGCGGGCGCCCCUAACCGCGAGGGGCUGCGCUACUACCGACGCCUGCUGGAGCGGCUGCGGGAGCUGGGCGUGCAGCCCGUGGUCACCCUGUACCACUGGGACCUGCCGCAGCGCCUGCAAGACGCCUACGGAGGCUGGGCCAACCGCGCCGUGGCCGACCACUUCAGGGACUACGCCGAGCUCUGCUUCCGCCACUUCGGCGGCCAGGUCAAGUACUGGAUCACCAUCGACAACCCCUACGUGGUGGCCUGGCACGGCUACGCCACCGGGCGCCUGGCCCCCGGCGUCCGGGGCAGCGCGCGGCUCGGGUACCUGGUGGCGCACAACCUCCUCCUGGCUCAUGCCAAAAUCUGGCACCUCUACAACACCUCCUUCCGCCCCACCCAGGGGGGCCGCGUGUCCAUCGCCCUGAGCUCGCACUGGAUCAGCCCCCGGAGGAGGGCGGACCACGGCAUCCAAGAAUGCCAGAAGUCUCUCGACUUCGUCCUCGGCUGGUUCGCCAAACCCAUAUUCGUCGACGGUGACUACCCAGACAGCAUGAAGAACAGCCUCUCGACCCUCCUGCCGGCCUUCUCGGACCCCGAGAAGAAGUUCGUCAAAGGAACGGCCGACUUCUUUGCUCUUUCCUUCGGGCCGACCUUGAGUUUCCAGCUCUUGGACCCUCCCAUGAAGUUCCGCCAAGUAGAGUCUCCCAGCCUGAGGCAGCUGCUGUCCUGGGUGGACCUCGAGUACAACCACCCGCAGAUCUUCAUCGUGGAGAACGGCUGGUUUGUCUCAGGGACCACCAAGCAAGAUGACGCCAAAUAUAUGUACUACCUCAAAAAGUUUAUAAUGGAGACUUUAAAAGCCAUCAGGCUGGACGGGGUGGACGUCAUCGGGUACACGGCGUGGUCGCUCCUGGAUGGCUUCGAGUGGCACCGGGGCUACGGCAUCCGGCGUGGGCUCUUCUACGUGGACUUCCUGAGCCAGGACAAGAAGUUGCUGCCCAAGUCCUCAGCCUUGUUCUACCAACAGCUGAUCGAGAAGAACGGCUUCCCCCCUUCACCCGAAAACCAGCCCCUCGAGGGGACCUUUCCCUGCGACUUUGCCUGGGGAAUUGCGGACAACUACAUUCAAGUGGACACCGCUCUGUCCCAGUUCACCGACCCGCACGUCUACCUGUGGGACGUGCACCGCAGCAAGGGGCUCCUGAAGGUGGACGGCCUCGUGGCCAGGAGGAGGCCGCCCUCCUGCGCGGACUUCGCGGCCAUCCACGCCCAGGUGGCCCUCCUGCAGGACACGCACGCCACGCACUUUCACUUCUCGCUGGACUGGGCCCUGGUCCUGCCGCGGGGCGACCGGUCGCAGGUGAACCUCACCGCCCUGCACUUCUACCGCUGCCUGGCCAGCGAGCUGGUGCGCGCCAACGUCACGCCCGCGGUGGCCCUGUGGCGCCCGGCCGCGCCGCACCAAGGCCUGCCCGAGCUGCUGGCCCGGCAGGGCGCCUGGGAGAACCCCCGCACCGCCCUGGCCUUCGCCGACUACGCCCGCCUGUGCUUUCAGGAGCUUGGCCCGCACGUCAAGUUCUGGAUCACGAUGCACGAGCCGCCCACGCGCAACAUGACCUACAGCGCCGGGCACAACCUGCUGAAGGCCCACGCGCUGGCCUGGCGCGCCUACGACGGGCAGUUCCGGCGCUCCCAGAACGGGAAAGUGUCCCUGGCCCUGCAGGCCGACUGGAUCGAGCCGGCCUGCCCCUCCUCCCCGAAGGACCAAGAGGGGGCGGAGCGGGUGCUGGAGUUCGACCUCGGCUGGCUGGCCGAGCCCGUGUUCGGCUCCGGCGACUACCCGCGGGUGAUGCGGGACUGGCUGAACCGGAGGAACAACUUCCUGCUGCCCUACUUCACCGAAGACGAGAAGCGGCUCAUCCGGGGCUCCUUCGACUUCCUGGCCGUGAGCCACUACACCACCAUCCUCGUGGACUGGGAGAAGGAGGACCCCAGCAAGUACAACGACUACCUGGAGGUGCAGGAGAUGACGGACAUCACGUGGCUCAACUCGCCCGGCCAGGUGGCCGUGGUGCCCUGGGGCUUGCGCAAAGUCCUGGGCUGGCUGAAGUCCAAGUACGGAGACCUGCCCACCUACGUCAUCGCCAACGGCGUGGACGACGACCUGCAGGCGGGCCAGGACCGGCUGAGGGUGCACUACCUGAAGAGCUACGUCAACGAAGCUCUGAAAGCCUACGCCCUGGACGGCGUCCACCUCCGUGGCUACUUCGCCUACGCGUUCAGCGACCGCACGGCGCCCAGGUUUGGCCUCUACCGCUACGCGGCCGCUCAGUUCGAGCCCAAGCCGUCGGUGCAGCACUACAGGGAGAUCAUCGACGGCAACGGCUUCCCGGGCCCCGAGCCGCCGGGCGGACUCUGCCCGCGGGAGUUCGAGCCGUGCACCGAGUGCGGCUUCUUCCACACCCGGAAGGGCUUGCUGGCCUUCAUCGCGUUCCUGCUCUUUGCUUUCGUUGUCUCGCUUUCGCUCAUCUUUUACUACUCCAGGAAGGGCAGGAGGAGUUACAAAUAGUCCCGAAUCGAACAUUGUAAAGGCAGGAGGAGUUACAAAUAGUCCCGAAUGUUGUCCUAUGUAUUUAUUUUGAAAUAAUCGUGCACACACGUGAGCUGUUUGCCAUUUGCCCCUGCCGGCGUUGUGACGCUGUAGCUUUCGCACAUCUGAUUUCUACAGAAGCUUUCUGCAACGUGGGACGGAGGGUUUGAAGUAAGCUAGGUGGUUGUGAAAUCUUGAAUGCUAUGAAUAGUGCCUGGGGUUUUUUUGCGGGGGGCGGGGGGGGUGGUCAAAAACCAAAGGGCCAUCAGUUCUACGUGCGACACCUUGUGUAACAAAAGCCCGAGAAACGGGAACCAUUCUGUAACAUUUUUACAGACAUUUAAUGACAAGGUUAGGAUAUUUUUGUCUGUGUCCAUUCCUAAAUAACGUAUUUUACUUAAAGUCAUCAUUGCAAGGGUUGGAAAUCAACGUUAAGACCCGAGCGACCAAAGUUAAGUCCCAAGCAACCGUCUCCCAGCCUCCACGAGAGGCCCGAUGGUCUCCGUCCAACCGAGUGUCCCUUGCAAAGGAAGGUGACAGAAGACAGCAGAGAUGACGGGGGGAGGGGGAGGGGGGCCCUAGGCGGGCGCAGUCCUCCCAAACGCAGCGAGUUUCUGCCCGAUGCUGCUGGCGUUCGUUAAUCUGCAUCUGGUUCACGACCUGCCUGGCGGAGCGAAUGGUAGGACCUGCUAUUUGUAGGUGACUCUCCAGGCCCCCCCGAACCCCUGAGUCCUUGGGGGCUUUCGGAGCCCUGCGGAGGGCCGGCCUGCUCACGAGGGACUUUGCAUGACUUUGCACAAAACCAACGUGACUCAGGAGUUGCUGGGUGCCUCAGGAAGCACACACGGAUGCCGGACGCGCCGUACUGCCGGGCUCCGGGCUCCGGGCCCCGGGAGGAGGGAAGGCGUGGAAAGUGCGUGAUCGGAGCAAUGGGACGACGGACUUGACUGUAAACCCUGUCCUUGUAGAAAGGGCCUCGGAAGGAAUGGGGCGCCCUUCCGGAGAGAGUCAGAGGACAGUGCUGACUCACCCGGUGAAGAAGGACUUCACCUUCUGCUCGUUAGCGUGCGCCGUCCGUCCUGUGAGCUGAGCUUGAAAACCGCUCCCCGGGUUCCGGAGCCCUCGGCCCGCUCGCACGGGAAGGUUCGUGCCGGCGAACGCUGAGUCCCAGCUUCCAUUGUUGCUGCUGCUGCUGCUGCCGCUGCCGCUACGGGGGAACCAGCUCGCAACUAGUUACACUUUGAAGUGUUACGCCGAAACAGGCCGCUGAUGUCCUGAUGCCCUCCCAUGCCCCUGACCUAAGUCUUGCCGACACUCAGACAGGGAAAUCUGUGGCACUGGGGCGGUGGGUCAUCUCGGUGUUUGUUUCCUAGAUGAACCAGCAUCGUGUCCAGUCAGAUGGACCAAUGCUGUGCCAGGUGUAACUACUCCUGCUGACAGUGUUACCAAGGAUAAGAAUACUGUACUGUAUUACGCAUCAUCUUUAGAGGCGGUAUGAUUUUUUUUUCCCAUGAAAGAUAAGCUUUCGGCGAUCCUCUUUUAGAAACUGAACUUAUCAAAAUUGGAAACUAGAGAAUCAUAGUUUAUUUUAUGUAUAUAUUUUUCUGAUUAUAAGAGUAAUAUAUAUUCAUUGUAAAAAGUUUUAAAACACAGAAGCUGUAUGUAAAAAAAAUUAACCUGUGAUUUCACCACCUUGAAGCAGCCACUAUUACCAUAGGCUAUGUGUUUUAUUUUAUAUAAUUGGAGUCAGAUCAUGUUGUAAAUGGUGACGUGUCUUUGUUACCUUUAAUUGUGUGCAUCUGCUUUGUCAUUUAUCUUUUCAAAAGCAUACUAUUUUUAAUAGUCAUAGAGUAAUCCCACCAUAUGAAUUCGUCACAACUUAUUUAACCUCCACCAUUCCUGUGUGUUGGACUAGUUUCUUACUGUUAAUUACUGUUCAGUGAGUGUUACUUUAAAAUGAUUUUCUCGCUACCGCAAUUCCUUUGAGUGUCUGGAGAAGCGGUUCCGUCCCUUGAUAAAGAGUUACAACCAA